AUGUUUCUUCGCUCAGGAAUCGAACGCGUCUUGGGAGCCAUUCAGCGCAUACUUCAUAGAAUUAGAUACGUCUUCGACAGUGUCGUGGACUGGAUCCGAAUAGCAUACUCCCAUUCUCCUUACUAUCGUGGCAACGUCAUCUAUGUCCACAGGCUGGAGAAAGACGACCGUCAAGUCCCACAGGCAAUGACGUUGAUCAUCCAGCGAGUCUUCCAAUCACACACUUGGAACGUCAUGGAAGUCUAUAUUUCCAAUGGACCCCCGGAUAUCCCCAAAAGGGCUGUCCUGAAGAUGUUUGAUCGACGUUUCUCCACGAGGGAUGGCCGCCAUGCAUUCAUGGGCGAGGGCAAAUGGUCGCCUGAAUUCGAACAGGAGUUCAUCAGCUAUAUCCGAAGGCAUGAGGCUGAUGAAUUCGCCAAAGAAUGGCUAUCGGGAGAUUUCUACUUGGACACGAAACCGAACAAACUUCAACUGGAAGUUGUACGCCACCUGGAGCAUGUGAGGGCUUCCCAAAUCCAGGAGAAGUGCCACCGCAACCCGGCAUUCCUGGACUACGCUACUUUUCCUGAGCUCUUCACGCCGGUGGUCAUCAAUUUCGACGCUUACAAGCACCCAUUCCUACGAGCUCAUGGUGUUCUAAUGCGCUACCAAGAGGGCUUCAGCGCCCAAACCACCAGCCCCCUGGAUAGAGAGUAUUACGAACAAAUGAUUACACUCAAGUCCAUGUUCGAAUCCGAAGUGGAAUAG